AUGUUUGCCUCUACCACAUUGUGCCGGUCGGUGAGUGGGAGCCUUGCCUCUACCACAUUGUGCCGGCCGGUGAGUGGAAUGUUUGCCUCUAACACAUUGUGCCGGCCUGUGAGUGGGAGCCUUGCCUCUACCACAUUGCGUCGGCCGGUGAGUGGGGAUGUUUGUCUCUACCACAUUGUGCCGGCCGGGAAGCCAGAAUCGCCGUCUAACUGCACGGUUGCGCGCGGUAUGCGCACGACGCUGCGCAUCGUGUGCACGGCGGGCGAGGACGGGGGUUCAGAAGCAGCCUUCCACCUCAGGGCCUCCACCGGCCUGCCUAACUCCCCCGUCGUCAACCUCACCGCAGCCUCGCCGGAGUUCCUGGUCAGUCGCUUGAGGAAGCCAGAAUCGCCGUCUAACUGCACGGUUGCGCGCGGUAUGCGCACGACGCUGCGCAUCGUGUGCAUGGCGGGCGAGGACGGGGGUUCAGAAGCAGCCUUCCACCUCAGGGCCUCCACCGGCCUCCUCGCCCGAGUUCCUGUUGGUCCUUCGGAAGCCGAGGUUCACAACCCAGGCCAGGCGGGCUCAGUUUCAAACACCGGCAGUUCUACGGGUAGUUUGCUCCCUCCAUCUUCAGACUCGGAAGUCUCCAGCAAACAGAAGCUAUCAGAACGCAGAUUUCAUGCUCUACUACCUGUGGCACUGGGAGUUGGAGUCGGACUACUAAUAGUUGUUAUCAUAUUGAUAGUUCUUAUAACUAUCCGAGUUAGAACUCAUGGAGUGAGAGGAGAUCAACUUAACCUGGACGGAGAUGAUAACUCAGGACGGCUGGUGUGUUCUUCCCCACGCUUGCCGUCGCUUGAGUCCACCUUGGGGACUUGUGGGACUAACCAACAUUGUGAUGAACUGCAAUCUCAACACACCGGCAGCUGCAGUGACAGGGAUAUUCAGGUGGAGCCGGAGAGCGAGAUGGACCCCGACUUGAUCCCUCUGAAGCAGGGCGUGUGCUCCUCGGGCUGGGACUCGUCCAGCCUUCAGCUGCUCGGCCCGAGCUCCAAGCCCGGUCUCAGUGCCGGUCCCGCCGGUCCCAACCAUCAGCCCGAGUGUCGGGCCGCCACUCUGUUGCCGCCAGACCGAUACGCGUAUUCUUGCACCACCAAUAUUAAUCGUUCAAUGCAACAGGCAUCUGAUAUUGGUCAUCUGCAUCGCCAUCAGCAUCAACAACAUCAGCUGCAUCAGCAGCAACAUCAAUCACAAAAUCAGCAACAUCAAUAUCAGCAACUGCACCAACAGCAGCGACCACCAAUGCCCAGCGAGUCUAACGCCCCAAUAACACUUACAGGAAUACGAAACCAACAGCCACCGUUACGGCAGUCAUCGUGCGACAACAGGUUGUUCAGAGGUCAUAUUACCGAUGCAAAUUACCAGAAAUCCUCAACUGCUGCCCCCACAUCUCACCUAAUUCCUUCAUCCACAUCCUCAUCCCCCAUACCAAGCCCCCAGUGCGCACAACAUUCCCCUGGUAUUGGACCUGCACUACAAAAUGAUCUUUAUUGUUCAUCUACUUUACCUCGACCAGGGUCCAGCCAAGCGGGCAAGUUUCAACAGCAGACGUAUCGCUCACCAAUUAAUAGUGCAAUGAAUAAACCCCAGCACUAUUGUCAUCAUCAAGCUGGUCAAAAACAACAAAUUACCUCAGAACAAACGUGCGAAAGUUUCGACUUCCAGAGAGGCAGGAACGAGCCGGAAAUUUCUCAAAGGAUCAACGCCCGACAUCAGGCUAGUCGUUACAACGACUGGCGUGGCGGGCAACAGUCGCAGUCUCAGCUGCAGAUGAGACUGAGUCAACAGGAUCUGUUGCACAACUUACCUGACCCGCCGCCGCCGUUCAGAGAAGAUUACAUGUGCCAAUCAAGCAGCCAUGAGGAGGCAUCACCUGUUGCUAAUUCUUGUCACCAUAGAAAAACAGAUAACAAGGAAAGCUCUGUGUGAUUCUGCUACUCGGUAGGGUAAUAGCAUAUGUAUUUUUGCAGAGAGGCUGAGCUCACUGAUAUCACAGAUAAGGUCA